GGGGGGUGUUACUCCUCCCCUUUCGCCUUCGGAGGCAGUACCGUGGCUGAUGUGAAAUGAAAAUCCAUACGCUAUUCGAAAAGGGCAGCAUUAAAGCAACCAGCGUGGAUUCAACAAGGGAAGAGCACUUCCUAAAGAAUCCAUUUGGUAGAAGAGAGCUAAACACCUUUGCCCCGGUGCUGUUUGUGUAUUUUUGCAGAUAUGGCCCUCCCCCCUCCGGAUCCACAGUACGUUCUCCGAGGAGCCAAUGAUGCAGUCAAUACUCUGUGCUUUCAUUGCGCAGAUCCAAAACCGGAACUUCCCCUUCUUUUCUCAGGGUCUUCGGAUGGGCAGAUCCACAUCUGGAACAUAAAGACACACAGGAUGGAUAGAAUGCUGAACGGUCAUGGUGGAAAAUCAGUGCUUUGGGUGAAAACUUUAGGCAACCGAAAUACACUUCUUAGCCAGGGUCGUGAUCAAAAUGUCUGCUUGUGGGACUUGGCGGAAGGAAGGAAGGAUGUUACAGACUCUGUUUUCACAGACCAUGCUGGGUUCUGCAAAUGCUCCCUCUUGCAGGUGGCAGAGAGACGUUGGUUAAUGGCUAUGCCAGGCAAAGACUUAGAAGAGGUUCGGGUUUUGGAGCUGCCAUCCAAGACAUCAGUCUGUACCUUGAAGCCAGAGGCCGAUGCCAAACUGGGCGUGCCCCUGUGUCUGAAACUGUGGCAGCCUAGCGUUGGUUCGUCUCCUUCCCUUCUGGCUGGCUACGAGGAUGGGUCACUGGUUCUGUGGAAUUUGUCAGUGGGGAAAAGCCUGAGUCGACUCGCAUGUCAUCAGGAGCCAAUCAUGGCCCUUGACUUUGACUCGGAGAAGGCCAAGGGGGUGUCGGGCUCGUCUGAGAAGAUGCUGUGCGUCUGGAGGCAAAAUGAGCAGCAGGACCUAGAGAUGCAGCAGACAUGCCAGCUCACCAACCCUGGGAUCGCUGACGUGGCCCUCCGACCCGACAAGAAGAUUUUGGCCACCGCCGGCUGGGAUUACCGCAUCCGGAUCUUUGGCUGGAAGAAGCUAAGGCCGUUAGCCGUCCUGGACUACCACACGGCAACGGUCCAUUGCGUGGCCUUCUCGGACCACAGUCAGUCCAGGGAAAGACUGAUGGCAGCGGCCUCCAAAGACCACCGCAUCAGCGUCUGGGCAAUAUAUAAUCAAACAUGAGACAGGCCUGGAAAAUUGGACACCAGGCCAGCGAACAUUUACAGUGAAAGUGUUGAAACACGAUAGGGCUUAGCAGCUCUUUCGUAAGUGCCUCUAGCAGCAGCAACACACUUUGGAAAAUGUGUGUGGGGGGGUACAUUUAAUAGUAGCAAUGCUUUCGUGUAGCCCUUUGCUUACAUUAUCUCGUUGCCGUCCCUGUGACGGGCCUGUGAGAUGGACCCCACUGUUCUUUCGGUGUUGCUGGAGAGAAGGGUGCUGAGACUGGGAGAGACGCCCAAGGCCCACCUUGUGAGUUCAUUUCAAAGGGAAGAUUUGAACUGGGGGCUCUCUAGCUCACAGCUUAGCUGCCACAAACCAUGCAGGCGUCUUUUUAGACUCGGUGGUACCUUUCUGGACUUGAGGAGCAUAUAUUGUAUCUGGGCUUCAAUUAGUGUCGUUUUAAAUAAUUUCCAGGCGCCCUGGAGGGAUCUGACUCUCUUAAUUCUGCCUUUUAACUUCCUUCUGACUAGUCCCCUUAUUUUUGCAAAGUUCCCCCCUUUUGAAAUCCCAAGGGAUUGUUUUGGGCUUUGGGGGCAACUUUCC